AUGUGUUUUUCGCCUCCCUGCAAUGACGUCUGUCCUCCCUGCAAUGACGUCUGUCCUCCCUGGUCGGCCUGGUUCAACUGUAACUCGUCCGACUGUCGAGCCGGCAUCGGCACCGUCUCACGGAAGCGUGUCUGCUUUUGUGACAAAGUGGCCGACUCGCAGUCGCAAGUGUUCCAGUCCAAGAUGGGCAUGUGCCACGAGACCUCGGCCUGUCGUACAGCCUGCGCGGGCCAGUCCGUGUUCGCAGAACGCCUUGAAGAAGACGACGCCAGAAGCGGCAGUGGCGCUCAGCCAUUCCCCCAUUGGCUGACCUAUUUCGUGAUCGCCUUCUGCAUCGUCAUCUUGAUCGUCGGUCUCCUCCUGUUGUGUCAGUUCUUCCAUCGUCUCUUCUCGCCCAAACUACGACAACAGCCGAGUCCCGGCCAGCCUGCCGCCCUAUUAAGACCCGCCGGCCUGCCCACCGUCACUCGAGCCCUGUCCGAUCUCUCCGCCUUCACCAACCUCAUGCUGCAGCCUCAGAUGGCCGUCGUCUCGAGUCGAGUCCCGUUCGCCGCCACGCCCGGGCUCAGUCUCGACGCGGCAGGAGCCACGUCGCGAUUCAACCUCAGCAUGUUGCCUGUGCCCGGCCAACUCUUCAAUCCGGCCUUUCGCCAUGACGACGGCCACGAUGGGGUCCUGCCCGCCGGUCUCCCCGACUACUAUGCCCUGGAAGUGAGCAGCUCGGAUAGCCUUCGUGGUCUGCCACCCUCCUACGAGAAGGUGAUCGAGAUCAUGCAACAGGCCCUGCCCUCGGCCGAUCCUCGCGUCCCCAUGCACCCGGAAUCGGCCGUCUCGGCCGUCGGUGCCAGCAGCGAAGCGGAUUUCGCGGUACCGCCGACAACUGACCCAUUGGGCAGACGCGCCGACUCCACGGCCGGGGACAUUUGUCGGUGUCCUGUCGUCACCUCGUGUCUGGAGGCGGUGGAGGCUGAGGUGGAGACGCCCGCGUCGGGGGCGGAUGGCGCGAGCUGGAUUCCCGGCCCGGCCAGCACGGCCGGAUCUGCCGGCAGACAGAAUCUGGCUCUGCUCCCGAGGCGGCAUCCCGUCUUGUAG